AUGUUUGGAGACGUGGACCAAUGGGAUGAAUCACACAGUGUAGUACACUUAAACCCCUGUUCGGAACAUUUCAAAGGCAGCCAAGCGUCCGAGCUGGAUGCGCUGUUUGCAGCGUGCGGCGAGUCACUCCCCCGCGGCCUCACAGGGCCGCGGGGCGCCGGCUCGGGGGUUGCAGGAGGAUCGCCUCGCAGCAGCCGCCGUCGCCGAGAGCUGUUGCCUUUAAACCGGAGUAUUUACAUUUCUGGCCCGACAAAUGGCAGCGUCUCGGAAGAUGAGGUGGAUGUGCUUUUACAUGGCACUCCUGACCAGAAGCGGAAGCUGAUUCGGGAGUGCCUGACUGGGGAGAGCGAGUCUUCCAGUGACGAUGAGUUCCAAAAGGAGAUGGAAGCGGAACUGAACACUACCAUGAGGACUAUGGAAGGCAAAUGGAAAUUACCAGAAAUGGGUACUUCCUCAAGUACUGGGCAAACUGGACCUGCCACGACUUCAAAAUACUAUGAUGACAUUUACUUUGAUUCUGAUUCAGAGGAUGAAGAUAAAAUAGUUACACAGGACGUCCGGAAAAAGAGAAAACAUCAGCAACGUCGGAUUCUUUCCAAUGAUGAACUGCUCUAUGACCCAGAAGAAGACAAUAGAGACCAAGAGUGGGUAGACUCACAGAGAAGGGGGUACCGUAAUCAAAGAAGAGUGCCGCAGCAGCAGCCAAAACCUUCAGCUGUUCCAAACAGUGAUGCUGUUUUGAAUUGCCCUGCUUGCAUGACAACAUUAUGCCUGGACUGCCAGAGACAUGAAUCUUACAAAACACAAUAUAGAGCAAUGUUUGUGAUGAACUGCAUUGUUAACAAAGAGGAAAUUCUGAAAUACAGAAAGAAGGUAAAGAAAAGAAGUAAGAAAAUGAAGCACAGCAAAGAAACUGCCUCUAUGCAAUCAAAUCAAGAGGAGGAGGAAGUGUAUCAUCCAGUAUUAUGUACUGAAUGCUCAACUGAAGUGGCAGUAAUGGAUAAAGAUGAAGUUUUUCACUUCUUCAAUGUUCUAGCCAGCCACUGCUAAUGUACAAAAGCAGGCGAAAAAAAUCCUGCACUGUUUUUUAAGACUGUGUGAAGUGUCAGAAAUGCAGGCAUGUUAGCCUUUUUUAAAUAAGGUCUUUUAAAUACUCAUUUCCAUCAAAGAACUUCACAACGGUUGGAUUUUUGCAAAGUUUAUGAAGGGAAUACAGUUAACUGUGCAUUUGAGAGCAAUAUUCUUUCACACUGUCAAGUGGUUGCAUCGAGGAUUUAAAAUUUUGUAAAUAUAAUGUAAGAUCUGUGUAUUAUGAUCAUUCCCUGUAUAUAUACUAUCCAUUAUCUCAAUAUGUGUUAGAACUACUGCUUAGAAUAAAUACUGUGUAGUAACUG